AUGGCCAGCGGAUACACGUGGUCGCGCCGCGUAGUGGCGUGCACGCGCACGCUCCGCUGCCUCGUCAGAGAUACACAGCGGGCUCUUGAUGACGUCUGCGAUAUACUACAUUUUGCGAUAAUUAAAAAAAAUCACACAUGCCCUUUGGCUUCAGAUCCAGAAGUACCAACAACAGUUCAACAGAUAGGCAGCCAUGCAGCUCGAACUACCGCACUAGUUAUCUUAGGGACUUCGCCAGCAGCACGCGCUCGACUCCUACAUUGUCUGCUGGGCCAUCCACUAUUACCGGACCCUCCACCUAGAGGAUGUAGAUGGGUUCGUAUUCAAUAUGGGAGUAUUACACAGGUGCACCUAUCUCUUGGCAAUUCGGAGUUCGAGCUGGUGGAAGAGUUGGAGUGUAAUAAAAGAUCGUGGGAGACGCUGCCAGUUGAGGUGAGAUAUGAUAUGACAAUAGCUAGGUUAUUAAGAUCCAUGCAGCUUGAGGGUCUCAAAGAUUUCUUUAUGGAUCUAGUAAGACAAGGUAAAUCUGACAUGACAACAAUAUUAGAAGUAGAAAUCAACAACCAGUUCCUCAAAAAUGGUGUUCGUAUCAUAAUACCUCCAGAUUUGGACGUAGAUCCUGGGAUCUCCAGUCAUUUGACCUUGAAAAAAUUACAUUCAGAUCUCUAUUUAAAGCGAGACAGCAUUUUAAAGAAUUUUAAUCCUAUAUAUCUGUAUGCAGUCGAUAAAACGGGAAAAAAUAUAUUCUCGGAUAGUAUUUCUGCGGAUAUGGUUUCUUCCAGAAGCGAAGAAGAAGAUUUUUGGAAUACAUUUAAUUUGUAUUCGAUGGCUGGAAGUGGCAAGGAAGCAGGCGAUACGGAGAGUACAGAAAGUGUAAAUGGAGAUAAAAGAGGAGACGUUAAAAGGAAGUGGAGUAGUCAGGUCAACAGGGAGCCUGCUGUGUUUUCUGGGGAGAAUUGCCUCGAUCUCAAUCAAAUAAAAGAGAUAAAUCCGAACGCUCAAGUUCUUUUCAUGCUAUUCUCUGACAGCGAAGAUAUGAGUUUACCAGGAGGACAUAAGAAACCAGUAGAAGUUAAAAAAGAACAACGGAUAAAUAUGGAUGCUCUUAAUUGGAUAUUCAAACAGACCCAAGAGUAUUCUCAACAAAAGAAUCCAGAAGACUUGAAGAGACUGCACGAAGAACAGACAACGUUCAUGAAUGAAUUGAUGGAGCAGUGGGAAUUCAUGAGUGAGUUCUUCAAUUAUGUUAAGAUCGAAAUGAGAGCAAGACAAGAUCGACCGCAAGAUUUGCCAUCAAUGAGUGGUAUAGGGGGCAAACAAGCAGACCGGUCACCUGAUACCAGUCCACCACCAAAACAUUACGUCAAAUCACAGUGGCUCAUUCUCAACGACUUCAAUCAGUGUACCGUCGACCAAAAAGCGUCGCUACCGUUAUCUAACAACACGGUACAGAGUGCGAACGAGACUUGUUUGAAUGGUAAACUGGAUGAGAAGACUGUGAAAACCAGGACGGGUCUACUGACUACUGUGAUGAAGUUUGCCACGGAUUGUAUGCAGAGCUAUUUAUUGGAGUAUUGUACUAGGUUAAGUGAGGUUCACGUGAAAUUGCUGCAGCAGUUCAUCUUGGCGUCAUUCGAUAUGGCGCGAGAGUUACAAGUUGUGCCGAAGAAGAUACAAUAUGUAGCUAAACAGGAACAACAAUUAUACGAGACAAUCAAUGAAAAGUUCUCAGAGGGAGAUAAAAAACAAGAGCUUGUACAAAUAAUGCAGGAAGUUCUGCAAGAAAUGAGAACAGAAGUUAACAAUAUGGACUGGAGCGUAGACGAUCUCCCAUGUCACCGUGACACUAGUUUUCUAGUCUCCAACUCCAUCUUCUACUCUUCCUCUACUCGAAGUACGCCGUCGAUCGCGUCCCUCCGCACGUGCGCGUACGAGCAGCCCUCCGACAGCGAGGACGCGCUCUCACUCGAUACGUAUAACUUCGAUGAUUACGACAUUAUCCCUCAUGAGGAGGAGGUGUCGGAGACCACCGAGGACUCGUUCGGGAAAGUUAAGUCACAAGAAUCAGAAUCUCCAUACAACAUUCGAGUAGAGAACGAGUCAGAGAUGUACUCUUUGUCGAGCAGCGGCUGGAGUGGGGGCACCACUUGUACGAGCACUCGAAAUAUAUCUGUCAAGCAAGCGUCUUUAGACGUGCAACGGACAGUUCUCUCUAAGUUAAGUCAGAAGAUAAGUUUGAAGCUAGUGAAGUUUGUGGAAUGUCUCAAAGUCACUUAUUUCGGGACGUUGCAGAGAUGUUUAGAAUCGCUGGAGUCGUCAUGCAGACAGGAGCUGGGCGGCAGACCCGCUAGCGAGGCCAUGCGCCAACUGUUAUCCGUAGCCCGUCAGGUCGACCUGUCGCCCUGCGCAGCCUUCCCACUGCUCACCAGCUUGUUGGAGUCACUGCGGAGGAUACUUUACAAGCUGCGGCUGGUGGGCGGCGAGGGCGAGGAGGCGUGCUGCGCGCUGUCGCCGCGCUGGCGCCGCCGCGUGGCCGCCUCCGCGCUGCACCAGCUCUCGCCGCAGCGCCUCGCCAAGCUCAUCUCCGCGCAGAUACUAGAACGAUUAAGCAUGGCACACGAGCGUUACCAGUCAGCGCUGACGUCCUUAGAAAGUGCAUUAGCGGGCAGGUUACACCAUACCGGGGACAUUAAGCUGGCUAUUAGGAAAAAGUACGCGCCAACGUUUGCUAGACUAUGUUUAGAAAGUACGUCCAUGUGCGACCUCCUCAUGUACGGAACACCAGAGCUGGGACGGGAAAUUGGUCGUGGGCAAUAUGGCGUGGUGUAUAGCGUGCGAGGGUCUUGGGGAGGGAAGUCUCCGGUUGCCGUGAAGUCGGUGCUACCGGCCGACGAUAGGCACUACAGAGAGUUGGCCAUGGAAUUCUUUUAUACUAGGAGUAUCCCGGCGCAUCCCCGUAUAGUCCGCCUGUACGGCUCAGUGGUGCAACGGUCGCAAGCCGGUUCCUGCGUCCUGCUGGUGUCCGAGCGCAAAGUUCGAGACCUGCACGCUGCAGUCCGGGCAGGACUCACCUUCAGUUCCCGGAUGAGAAUCGCUGCGGAUAUUGUCGAAGGUAUCCGCUACCUCCACUCGCUGGGCUUGGUGCACCGCGACAUAAAGAUGAAGAACGUCCUGCUGGACUCUUUGGACCGCGCGGCGCUGUCGGACCUGGGCUUCUGCGCGGCGGAGGCGCUGAUCUCUGGCUCCGUGGUGGGCACGCCCGUGCACAUGGCGCCCGAGCUGCUGGCGGGCGAGUACGACGCCAGCGUCGACGUCUAUGCCUUCGGGAUACUCUUUUGGUAUGUUUGCGCCGGGAACAUAAAACUGCCGUCCGCUUUCGAUUUUCAAAAUAAAGAACAAUUAUGGAGUAAAGUUAAAAGAGGUCGUCGUCCAGAACGUCUGCCCCAGUUCUCUGACGAGUGCUGGGACAUCAUGGAGUCCUGCUGGGCCUCGGAGCCCUCUCAGCGCGCCCUCCUCGGAGACAUCCAGGCGCGUCUCGAGAGGAUCAUGGCCACUGCUCACGAUGAGCCGAACUUGCAGCAGGAGUGUGUGGACCCUGCAGUGUUUGAAACUGAUGACUAUAGUUUAGAGAUGACCGGGAUUGAAAAAAAUUGUGUGUGA